AUGGCCGACGAGUCCCAAAAGAUACCAGUGAACGCUUCCGAGGCCCGCCGUCUCGUUGAAGACAUCCUCAAAGGCAAUGGAGUACCCGAAGAAAACUCAAAAAUAGUCGCCCGGUGCCUCGUCGCUGCUGACCUUCGCGGUGUCGACACCCACGGCAUGAACCGUAUUCCUUCCUAUAUGGAGCGUGUCCGCCAGGGUGUGCUCAACGCUGCAGCGAAGCCCAAGCUGAAGCAAGUCACUCCCGUUGUGGCGCACGUCGACGGCAAGAAUGGCUUCGGUUUCGUUGCGGCAGAGAUGGGUAUGGCAGCUGCCAUCGAGUCUGCCAAGACUUUCGGCAUCGGCAUGGCAAGUGUGUCGCAUUCCAAUCACUUUGGCAUGAGUGCGUGGGUGGUGCAGCAGGCUCUUGAUGCGGACAUGAUGAGUCUGGUCUUCACCAACUCGAGUCCCGCGCUCCCGGCGUGGGGCGGGCAGAGCAAGCUCAUGGGUGUUUCGCCGAUUGCUUGUGGUGCGCCGGGGAAGGACAAGCCGUUCAUCCUGGACAUGGCCCCGUCAGUUGCGGCUAGAGGCAAGAUUUACAAGGCCAAGAGAAGGGGCGAAAAGAUUCCUCUAGACUGGGCGCUGGAUGCAGAGGGCCGUCCUACGGAUGACCCCACAGCAGCAUUGGGAGGAGUCAUGCUGCCGAUGGGUGGUCCCAAGGGUUCGGCAUUAGCCAUCAUGAUGGAUGUCUUUUCUGGUGUCUUCUCUGGCUCUGCUUUCGCUGGUCACGUCACUAAUCCGUACGACCCUUCAAAACCAGCGGACGUCGGCCACUUCCUAGUCGCCAUCAAGCCAGAUCUCUUCAUGAGUCUCGACGACUUCCGCGAAAGGAUGGACUACUUGUAUCAGCGUGUUGUUGGGUCAGACAAGGCGGCAGGAGUGGACAGAAUAUACUUUCCGGGUGAGAUCGAGCAGCUGCAACAGCAGGAGAGGGAAAAGACGGGCAUACCUUUGGUACAGGCCGAGAUUGAUGCUCUCAACGAGGAGGCAACAAGAGUUGGCGCUAAGCCUUUGGUAACCCAGAUAGCUGCAUGA